AGUGUUUUUUUUUUCAAUGAUAAAAAGAGCAUUUUCACCUUUUUUCUUUAAUUUUUAUUUUGCUUUCCACAAAGAUUCCAUUGGUACCACGUAACAGAUCUUACAUCGUACAUCAUACAUAUAUAAUGAAAAGCACACCAAUUUUCCAAACCAGUUGUCUUAUUUCUGCCAUAAAAUCAUAACCAAACUCCCGAAGAAGAUUCACAUCCCCAAGAUUCCAUUCCCGGGGGAUUCCCAAAUCUCCCAUUCAUUCAUCUUCCUACUAAAUUUUUCGAGAAAAUUAUGGGUGAUCGAAACGACGCCAACAACAAUGGAAAUGACCGGGAAAACAACAUCGACGACGAUCCGAACCAGAAGAUGAAGAGGGAAGAAGGUGAAUCUCUGUCGGUGGAGAGGAUCUUUGCGAGCCAAGAGGUUCCGUCAUGGCGGAAUCAGCUAACUGUGCGGGCGUUUGUGGUGAGCUUUGUUCUGAGCAUUCUCUUCACCUUCAUAGUCAUGAAGCUCAAUCUCACAACUGGGAUUAUCCCUUCCCUCAACGUCUCCGCCGGGCUUUUGGGGUUCUUCUUCGUCAAGGUUUGGACGAAAUUUCUGGAGAAGUCUGGAAUUCUAAAACAGCCAUUCACCAGGCAGGAGAACACCGUCAUUCAGACGUGUGUCGUCGCUUCCUCUGGCAUUGCUUUCAGUGGAGGAUUUGGUAGUUACCUCUUUGGAAUGAGUAAACGCAUUGCAAAGGACUCUUCAGACACCAGUGAUUUCAAGAAUCCAUCAUUGGCAUGGAUAAUUGGCUUUCUUUUUGUUGUUAGCUUUCUUGGUCUCUUCUCGGUGGUGCCUCUCCGGAAGAUCAUGAUCAUUGACUUCAAAUUGACCUAUCCAAGUGGAACUGCAACUGCUCAUCUUAUCAACAGCUUUCACACUCCUGAAGGAGCCAAGCUAGCAAAGAAACAAGUAAGAGUGUUGGGAAAGUUCUUCUCCUUCAGUUUCCUGUGGGGUUUCUUUCAAUGGUUUUAUACUGCGGGAGAUGAUUGCGGGUUUGGAAGCUUCCCUUCACUGGGGCUCAAAGCAUUUAAGCACAAGUUUUACUUUGAUUUCUCUGCCACAUAUGUUGGAGUUGGUAUGAUUUGCCCUUACAUUGUGAACAUAUCGGUGCUGCUUGGAGGAAUCCUUUCUUGGGGUGUCAUGUGGCCUCUCAUAGAGAAUCAAAAGGGUGAUUGGUUUUCUGCAAGCCUUAGCUCAAGCAGUAUGCAUGGCCUUCAAGGGUACAAAGUAUUCAUUGCAAUUGCUAUGAUCCUGGGUGACGGAUUAUACAACUUCAUCAAGGUGCUAGGUAUAACGCUUUCUGGUAUGUAUAGCCAGGUUCGCGAAAGAGACGUUCUCCCAGUUGCAGACAAUUCCGCGCCUACAAAACCAGAGCUUUCUUUUGAUGACCAACGGCGGACAGAAUUGUUUCUGAAAGACCAGAUUCCUACAUGGUUUGCUGUUGCAGGCUACGUUGUGGUAGCUGCAAUAUCCAUUGCUACUCUUCCACAUAUAUUCCACCAACUCAAAUGGUACUACAUAUUGGUGAUUUACAUCUUUGCUCCUACCUUGGCUUUCUGCAAUGCAUAUGGAUGCGGGCUUACGGAUUGGUCCCUGGCUUCUACCUAUGGAAAGCUUGCUAUCUUUACAAUUGGAGCAUGGGCUGGUUCCUCGCACGGUGGGGUUCUUGCUGGCCUAGCUGCGUGCGGAGUCAUGAUGAAUAUAGUCUCAACAGCCUCUGACCUCACUCAAGAUUUCAAGACCGGCUACCUAACGUUGGCUUCACCACGUUCCAUGUUUGUGAGCCAAGUUAUUGGGACCGCGAUGGGCUGCAUUAUAUCUCCUUCUGUCUUCUGGCUCUUUUACAAGGCCUUUACUGACCUCGGGCAGCCCGAAAGUCAAUAUCCCGCUCCAUAUGCUGUUGUUUACCGAAACAUGGCCAUACUUGGAGUAGAAGGGUUCUCUUCUUUGCCGCGUUAUUGCCUCACUCUUUGUUACAUAUUCUUUGGUGCAGCCUUUCUGAUUAACCUGGUUAAGGAUUGCAUAAACAAGAAAUGGGCAAGAUUCAUUCCAAUUCCAAUGGCGAUGGCAAUACCUUUCUACAUAGGAUCCUACUUUGCUAUUGAUAUGUGUGUUGGAAGCUUGAUCUUGUUCGUGUGGACAAAAGUAAACAAGGCUAAGGCAGAUGCUUUUGUGCCUGCGGUUGCUUCCGGUUUGAUUUGUGGCGAUGGGAUAUGGACUUUGCCUGCUUCAAUACUUGCACUUGCAGGGGUUAAGCCGCCAAUUUGCAUGAAGUUUCUAUCAAGGGCGACUAAUGACAGAGUCGACACUUUCUUAGGAUCAUAAAUGCAUGUUUAGACAAACACCCCUCAACUUCUUUGCCCUCUCCCCCUCUCUACAAGCCCUUUUGCGUGCGGCAAAGGAAUUUAAGUUUUUAUUGUUCGGAACUAGGCAGCGCCUAAAGAUUAUGGUUAAGAAAUUUGUCUCAUGUUUGUUUAUAUGCGUGGUAGACAAAAGGCUUGUUCUUCUGUGUUCCUUUUUAAUAUAUAUAUAUAUGUGUGUGUGUGUGUAUAUGUGUACGUAUAUAUACACACUACUUUUAUUUGAGUAAUUACGUUU